UCCUCUUAAAGGACAAUGUUGAGACACGUAGCGUUAGCCAGAUCAUAUUAAUCUGGGGCGUGUGUCCAGAUAGUACAGGACAUUGGAUCUGUAAAAUGUCAGACUCUGAAGAUUCGGACCUCGAUGAGGGUCCCAACGUUACUCGCUACCGCACUAAAAUUGUUUAUGAAAGUACAUACCCAUACGUACACCUGGAACCUCCUGACGUGAUUUAUGAACGCUGGGACAAAAUUUCCGUCGAGGAGAAAAAGAAGAUGGGUCACCUGUUGCAUGUCGCUGUGUUUUGGUGGCAUAUUCUCAUUCGACAACAGGACAAUCACACGACCACCACUUGGGCCGUACAAAUGGGAUUCCUCGACUCAAAUGUUUCCAAUGACUUGAGCCUGAGGAGGUUGGAUAAGAUCGAAAUCUUGGAGUCCAUUCUCAGAGCCAUGGAGAAAGGCAUUUUACGACCAGACCUAACAAGACAAUUGAUAUCAAUAAGCACUUCUUUCAGUAUGAAUCGCGAUUGUUUAGCUGAUGCUAUGCGUUGGCUGGAACAGGCAGAAGGACCGUAUAUUACUAGUCGUGUUCAAGAGCUUGGCCCGAGGGCGGUGUGUGUUGGCACCCUGGAGUUCAUCUUCAAUGAAUAUUCCCAUUAUGUUAAAGUUAUGGGGUGUAGUAGGAAGAGAAUGAGGAAAGAUCUUUGUGUUACACCAGAAAAGUGGCACAUAGAUAAAAGUGAAGAGAUGAAGAAUAAGGGGAAUGAGCUGUUCCAAAAGAAGAAAUAUGAUGUUGCUGUAAAGUGGUACAGUAAAGCCAUCAAAUUUCAUUCAGAAAAUCACAUACUCUAUGGGAACAGAGCGCUUUGCUACCUUCGUUCUGAAAAAUAUUUGAAAGCUGUUGGUGAUGGGAAGCGAGCCACUUUAUUACAACCUCACUGGGCUAAGGGUCACUAUCGUUUCUGUGAUGGCCUUUUUUAUCUGGGAGAACAUUCAAGAGCGCUGGAGGCGAAUAGGAUAGCCCAGGAGCUGUGCAGUGCGGAUCCAGACGGGCUCAGAGACCUGCAGCAACAACAUGGCAGAUUCCUCUCAGAGAUGAAGGAAAUGAAGGCUGAAGUGAAGUUAAAGAAAAGUGAAGCAAAGAGGGUCCCAACCAAAAGACCAGAGAGUGUGAGUAGAGCAGAAGGAUUGCAGCACUGUUCCGAUUGCCCUGAUAAAGGAACAGAGCAAAAAACCAACACCGGUGUCACAAAGAAGGAAGCAGAGGAGAGGACAGAGGAGGGGGAUGCUACAGGAGAGGAUUCAAAAACUGAGGAGGGCUCCAGAACCACCAAGGAGAUGGUGAAAAGCGAAAUGGCAGAUCGAAAGGCAAGGAGAGCGGAGCCUCACGCUUCAGAAAAACACGCGGUCAGAAACAAACACUCAGCACUCCCUGAAAAGACAGCACCCCCCUGUGGAAAAGAACAGUUCAUCUCCAUAGUGCAGGAUGCCCACACUGCACUGGCCGACCAGCGGUACAGGAACGCGGAGCAGGCCUUCGCUCAGGCUCUGACAGCAGUGACCUCCAGUGAGAUUAAGGAACUUGGCCUAUCUGAACUGGACAGAAUGUUGUUGAUGUACGGGUAUGCCAUGGCUCUUCUGGAAACUGGACAGCCAGAGGAACUGGCAAAAGCAGAGGAGAAGCUUAACGAAAUUAGUUCCAAAGGCGAGAGAACGUUUCAGUCUCUGGUCCUUUAUGCAAUGGGAAAGGUCCUUCUGAAGGAGAACAGAUUCGGCAAAGCUCUGCAGCAGUUUUCUGAUGCUCUGCUAAUGGUGAGCAGACAGAUAACACCUGGAAAACUGACUUGGCCAACUACAAAAGUUACAGUCAAGGAAACAUGUCUGGAAUAUUUGAAGGACUGCCUGGAGAACUCUAUUGAAAUCUGCAAAUUUCCACCUAAACCAGAUGCAGUUUGUCGGCAUCAAAAUUGUUUGGGUCAUUCAAAAACUGAAAUCUACUUUACAGACCCAGACUUUAAGGGUUUUAUUCGAUUGACCUGCUGCUAUAGCUGCAAUGUGGAGUUUCAUAUCAGCUGCUGGAAGAAACUGAAAAAUGUUUCAUUCACUAAUAAGAAUGAUAAGGAUUUACUUAAAGAAGUUUGCUUAACUCCAGAUUGUGGUGGUAAAAUCUGUCAUGUUGCGAUUUUUGACUCAACUGGACUUAUAAAGUGUGAGUUUGAGUCAUCUAUUCCAAAAAACACAACUCCCUUUAAACAGAAAGUCAAACAGAAAUGUACAAGCCUCAAAAAGCUAAAAUCUAAAGAAGAUCGAAAGUUAAGGCGGAAACAGUUCAAACAAUCAGCCAUUAAAAAGAAGACAGAGAAGACACCAGUGGAAAAGCCUGCAGACGGUGGAACUGGGCUUAGUGAUAUUGCUUCACCCGAAGUCUGGAUUGAAUGUGAGGAUCGAGUUUUACACCAAAUUAGAGAACGCCAAGCACUAUUCAAAGAUGAAAUGGUCAGUGUUACCUCCUUGAUGAAUUCUCUCAAGCCUUGGAUGGAUCUUGGCAAAACAAAAGGACAUUCAGAUAUAACGAGUGAUGAAACACAACCACAGAUGCUUGGAGAUUUAGUAGAUCUAUUACUUGUAAGGAAGAACAGAGUAUGGGCACGAGUAUUUGUUCAAGCUCUCAGCCUCUGUCAAGAUAUCAAACCAAAUCUGCUCGACUGGUCCCGGCGACUGGACAGUUAUGGUCUUAAAGCAGCAGAGACAUUCAUUGAUCGCUAUGCAGAACCUUUGGAAGAGCAGGACCUUUCUUCACUACUCACAUUCCCACUGUUACAAGAUGUAUUAAUUGAGAGAUUUGGCGAUAUGCCGGAGUUCUUCAGCACCAAUGGGUUCACUAUUACAGACUACUUAAAACAGGCACCGCAGCAGGAGAAACGUCUUUUCAUCUGGACCCUAGAGGAGAAUAGAGACCAGUACUCUGCUUUUCACAGUAUUCUUGAUGAUUAUUUUCAGUUGGAUGGCAUUUGUUUAGUGAUUAAAAAGACAGAGACUGAUAACCAGACUAAUUCCCUUAAGAAUAAGAGCAAAAAUCGAAAAAAGAAACACAAAGAGCCAAAGCCUGUUAUUGUCUUGUCUGGAAUGAGAACUGGGGCCUUAAGAGAGGAGGAGGAAGAAGAUUAUUUGUUUUCUGAUGAAGAUUCAUUUUUCCCUGACAGAAUGUUUCACCACGGCUACCACAGCAGUGAUCCUUUUAGUGUGCCGGAUCACCUUCGUGACCAGGUUGCAGAAUUUGAUGGGCAGUAUACUGCCGCUGGUCACUUAAUUCCUUACAAGAGGAUUUUGGACAACAACCCAGAUCCAGCUAAGGAAAGUUUAUACGAUUACUUUGCUCAGAUUCUGGAGGAGCACGGUCCACUGGAGGCUGACGACCAGCUGCUUGUGGGAGAGCUCGAAAACUUUCCCCCGGAGGCACAACAAAAGAUUCAGGAUGCUGGGGGACUAAAACCUUUCCUCUUGGAGUCCUUAAGGUUUGUGAUGGUGGACAGUCUGGUCGGACUGAUGAAGCACUCGAUGACGCUGCAGACGCUGACGGGGGAGGAAAUGGCUGAACCGCUAAAUCAGACAUUCACCUCUGACGUAGACAGAGUGACCUCGGGCACAUCCUCCCAUCUUAACCCCUCUGCCAAAGAGUUCCGUCCUCAGUUUGCUAAGUGGAGUUUAUGCGAGGAUGAUGAUACAUCAUUUGCUGAUUCAGUUAUGAUGGACAACCAAGGAACUCAACAGGAUGCUUUUAACGUUUUACCAGUGCUUCCUGGACCAUGUCCAGCAGUUCCCACUCCAUACAUUUUGGACCCAGUAUCAUCUCAUCUCAUCAAUCCAUAUCCUUUUGGAGUUACUAAUAUUGGUAUUCCUGGAACUGUUGGUCCUGAGGGAGCCCCGUUUUAUGACCUAGCUGAAACAGAGGGUUCAGUUUCUUCUCUCUGCUCUCUGGGUAACACGGAGCCUAUAUAUGAUGGUAUUAAUGUAUUUCAAGAAACGGGUGGAGGGGAGCCCCUUCCAGUGGUUUCUACAGAAGAGAAUGAAGGGUCUACCAAGAAGGCAGUGGCUGUACAGGCUUUCUGGGAAAUCAAGAGUGAUGUGGCUAUAAAUACAGAACCGUAUCCAACCUUUGAAAAGAAUUUGGGGGACAUGACAGCCAAAGAAAAAAGCAACCUAGAAUUUGAGCAACAAUUACAGCAGAUUAGAGAUGAUCAUGUGACCCUUCAGCAGACAAGAAAGGAGGAAGUAUCCAAACUUGAGAGUGAACUAGAGGACAUUCAUCAGAAAAUAGAGAUUACCAACAAAGAGCUGAGUUUAUUUCAACAUAAAUUGGAAGAGGAGGUGCGUAAGGAUCAGCAGGAGAAGAAGGAGAAUCAAGAAACUCUGAAGACCUUGAAGGGAGAAAUCAAGGAGUUAGGGGAAUUGCAGGAGAGCUAUUCCAGGGACAUCCGGGAGAAGAAAAAGGAGUAUGAAGCAGCAUUGGAUCAGUUCCUGGAGAUAAGCAACCAAUCCGCCGCCGAGAAGAUGAGCCUUGAGGAUGAGAUAAAGAGAUGCAGAGACUUGUGUGCCAGGGCAGCUGAACGAUCUCAGGCAGCCGAGCUGUCUAUCCUGCAGAACCGGAGGAUGCGAGGUCUUCGCGGGCUGAACAAGUGUGUGUCAGAUGGCAAAGCGAUACUGAAGAGAAUGGUUGAAGUCUCAGCCAGGCAUCCAUCUGCUGGGCUCCUCUCAGCCAUAGAGGCCUGGAGGGCAUGUGUGCAGGAGGCUGAAGAAAAAAUCGCAAGGACUGAGGCGCAGUAUGAAGAGCAGAUGGAACUGAUAAAGAGAGGAAACAGACUGUGCACCCUCCCGUCUGUAUCCGUUCCCUGUGCUCCAGCGCCACCGUUUGUGCCAGUCUUGUACACACCAGAAAUGGCUUCAAUGCCUGAACCUGUCCACCCUCAUGUGCCCUUUGGUGCUCAGGCUCCUGACAGAACUGCGCAGAGCCAAACUGCAGCCGACGCGACUCCCGCUCCACGCGACCUCCUGCAGAGGCACCCUGCACCCCAGCCAGCCAAGGGCCACAAGGGCCCAGCGCAGCAGCACCUCAGUGUGUUUGAGAGGAUCGUCGACCGACUGAGUCACAUGUUCCCUCACUACACAAGGCCAGUCCUGUCCAGGUUCAUCCAAGAAGUGCGCACUGCAAACGGAGGCUGUCUGAACACGUUGACGUACGAGGAAAUCAUUAACAGAGUUGCCCAGCUCAUCCUAGACCACCAGGAGGAAGUCAGGGAGAGAAUGCACAUCAACAAAAGGAAUCCGAACAGUUUUGGAAUCCAGAGUCAGAUGCGUCAGACGCCCCCCCCACGGGCCGACUCCCCUGCUUCUGUAAGGUCUACCGGGACCCCUCCUCCCCCUCCCCAAACUCACGCGUGGAAAAGUGUUUCUAACCAAUACCGUAAAACGUCAAAAGCGCUAAACAUGGAAGAUCCUUGUAUCAUCUGCCACGAGGACAUGGCCGAGGAGGACCUCUGCGUGCUUGAAUGUCGACAUACCUUCCACCGGGAGUGCAUUAAGUCAUGGCUGAAGGAGCAGAGCACCUGUCCCACGUGCAGAGAGCACGCUCUCCUUCCUGAAGACUUUCCCAUGUUGCCUGGCAGGAUCCGUAAGAAACACACACCUGCAGCAUCCUCUUCCUGAACCCAGCGGUCGCGUCUGUGCCUCUCCCUUUUUUUUUUUUUUAAAUUAAUGUUGAAUGUUGCUCAUUACAUAGAACCGGACCAAACAUGCAAGUAAGGGGAAAAAAAAUCCUGUUUUUUCUAGUGCCUGCUGUGUGUUAAGAAUUGAAUCAUGAUAAAUUUCCUCUGGUAAAGCACUGGUACAUUUAUGACAAACUGUUGCACAUUACUGGUUGUUGUCUGUCACUUUGUCCCGUGUUCUUUGGUAUUUAAAUCUCCUUUGACUGUCUUAAUUUAACAGUUGUCUGUAAUAAAGUUGACAUUCGCCUUUAAACAUCAUUCUGCUCAGGUAUGGAGGUUAUCAGCCACUCGGAUUGUGACUUUUUACGGUUGUAGUUUCAUUUGUUUCAUGCUUCAUUUUAAU